UCUUAAAAUCUGUAAAUCUACUUCAGUUAUGUUCUAUGCCUGCUGUUGUGUUGUUUUUUAAUUUCCGGAUUUUUUCUGUCUACGUUUAAAAAUAAAGAUCUAAAUUUAGUUCCCGCAUUUCUCUUUUAUUUCUGGUUUGACAUGUUUGUCUUUUAGCCGGAACCCUCGGAAUUUCCCGUUGCGUCACCAGCAACCUGAUCUAUAAAUCUCCCUCCCGCUGCUCUGUGCACUUCAUUCAUUCCGACACAAUGAUGGACAAGGUAACAUUCAAGAGGGAGAACCGCGAGCGGAUCCAAGCCGUGGAGAGUUCGUUCGGUCCGGCGGGGAGGCCCCUGUAUCAACCGGACAGGGUCCUGGUGGGGGAGGGCCACCUGAUGAAGCAGGGCCAGCGGAGGACUGAGAUGAAGGCCUUCUUCCUCUUCAAUGACAUCCUGGUGUACGGCGGCAUGAUCCUGAACGGCCGCUGGCACAAAAAACAGAAAAUCAUCCCCUUAGAGGACCUCCAGCUGGAGGACAUGGAGGACAGUGAGCGCUUGACCAACCAGUGGUUGAUCCGUACACCAUCCAAGUCCUUCUUUCUGUCGGCCAGUUCAUUCAAGGAGAAGCGGGCCUGGAUCGACCACAUUGAAGAGUGCCGUGCCAAAAUGCUGCAGGGCGGCAGCUGCCAGCCUGGCUCCACCUUCGCUGUCUCCUGGAUCCCGGACAACGCCGCUUACAAAUGCAUGCGCUGCUUCACCAAAUUCACACCAACGAACCGUCGACACCACUGCAGACAGUGCGGCUUCGUGGUCUGCAACUCGUGCUCCAGCAGGCGAGUGGUGAUCAGCCACAUCCACCCCAAGAAGAAGCUGAGGGUCUGCAGGCUUUGCUACAAGAGCAGCACAGAAGAAGAGACAUCCCACCCACGAAAGAGCAGCACAGAGGAGGACGAUGUGGCUUCAUCCAGUGGUGAAGAGAACGAGUUUGAGACUAUGCCGAGCAACGUCCCCAGCUGCUGGCUCGACUCCCACAGUGGAAGGUGGGGAGAUAUCUGCAACUACACGCCCCACAAGGCACUGCUGCUCCCCCCAGGCUACAUGUGAAUACACCAGACUGCUGCAGCUUCACUGAGCAUCAUAUUCAACCGGGACUUGAUUCAUAACAAAGAGUUUUGAAUGGACUAUGGACUUAAUUAAUACAAACACAUGAAAUCCUUGUACAGUACAUCCCUCCAGAACAAAAGAUAGAGUGUCUCCUCUGAAACACAGACAACUGGUUUGCAUUACUCUGACAUGAAGCUACUGCAGGUUCUUGUUUCAGUGAUUUCCUCAACUUGUGCACGUACAACAAUCAUGCAUUGAUCUGUGAUACCGACACUUUGCCUGUUUGGUUGUGAGGUGGAGAGCGGUGGUGGUGGGGGACAGGAAAUAUAGUUUUUUAUCUUGACAGAUAUUUCUCUCUUUCUCAUUGUUUAAGUCACUGCAACAGAUCAAGGUCUUUCCUCAGUGUGUGCUUUUUUAAAAAGACAAUAAAAUACAAGAAAGAAACGACAACUCGCUGAUGCUGCUUCUUUUUUUGACUCUUUGCAAAGAGCGGAGGGGAAAAGUUCUCACGUGCAAACUUUCUCUGACUUGUGGCUUAACUGGUUUCAUGAGAAACUAAUAAUAACUGAAGCAGCGUCAGUAUCAUUUGAAUCCUGGGUGUGGCCGCUGUAUAAGCAGUCGGAGUAAUUGUUGCGCAAUUUACCGUAUACAGAGUCCUACCUGUUGGCUUUCUGGUAAUGAGGAACAAGGAAAUGAGAGCUAUUUUCUUUCAAUAAUAUUUUUAACUGCAGUAUCACUGUGUCCAAAAGGGUACAAACAGGAACUUUAAGUCAUAGCUCAUCUUGUACUUU